GCGGACUGUAGCCUGGUGUCACUCAUCUGCAGCUCAUGCAGAUCGGAUCGAUUUUUUUCUUCAUUUCAGCCGGAAUAUGAGAGACACCACCAUGCACUGGAGCGUCCUGAUCGGAGGAACGGAGGCGUGGAGCCCGACACAGGGCCAGAGCAUGGGGUGAUGUGGACUCUCCUCCGCUGACCUCAGUGCAGAUGACCAGUGAUGGCCACAGCAUCACCUCAACAUUUGUUGGAUGACGUAAUAAACACAGGACAACAACAACAGGAACAACAGCAGCAGCAGGAAUUCCUGAGCUCAUUGGAGACGAUUGUCCUCACCAUCUUCCUCGCCAUCAUUAUUAUCAUGACGGUGUUCGGCAACCUGCUGGUCAUGGUGGCGCUCUGCAAGGACAGACAUUUACGGAAGAAGAAGACCAACUACUUCAUAGUGUCACUUGCGUUUGCCGACUUGCUGGUUGCACUGGUCGUGAUGCCCUUUGCUGCGAUUGAGUUGACCACUGGCCAGUGGCGGUAUGGAGAGAUCUUCUGCCUCGUCCGAACAUCUCUGGACGUCCUGUUAACUACGGCAUCCAUCCUGCAUCUCUGCUGCAUUGCACUGGACAGGUAUUACGCAAUCUGCUGCCAGCCGCUGGUCUACAGACACAAGAUGACCCCAGUGAGAGUGGCAGUGAUGCUCAGCGGCUGCUGGCUCAUCCCCACAUUCAUCUCCUUCUUACCCAUCAUGCAAAGCUGGAAUGCCAUUGGCAUCGAGGAUAUUAUUGAGGAGAGGCGAGCCUUGACUGGAGGGUCCAACGACACAAGCUGCGUGUUUCUGGUCAACCAGCCUUACGCCCUCAUCUGUUCUGCAGUGGCCUUCUACGUCCCAUUGGCCCUCAUGGUCCUGGCCUACCAACGCAUCUACGUCACUGCCAUGACCCACGUACGACAGAUCGAGACACUGCAGCGCGCCGGCUCUGCUCCCGUUACCGGAACUGCUCCGGUCAUCACUGUGAGGUCCUCCACUUCCUCAGAUCCCUCAGAGCACUACCGCCUUAGGACAACAAUGACUUCCUCCUCCUCAGAGCAGGCCCCUAUAGUAAAUAGCCGCAUGCGCGUUGAGACUAAAGCGGCAAAGACACUGGCAAUUAUAAUGGGUUGUUUCUGCCUAUGCUGGGCACCAUUCUUCAUCACCAACGUGGUGGACCCCUUCAUUCACUACUCAGUGCCCUGGCAGUUGUGGACAGCCUGGCUGUGGCUCGGGUACAUUAACUCAGGGCUGAACCCGUUCCUGUAUGCCUUUCUGAACCGGGCGUUUCGGAGGGCGUUUCUGGUGAUCCUCUGCUGUGGGGAUGAGCGGUAUGCACGGCAGGGGAGCUGCUCCUACAGACAAACCCACCGAGCGUGUUCUGCCGCGUCGGUCAACGGGACGUCUAUGGCACUGAGAUUGUCCUUCCUGCCAAAUCGGAGCUACAGUGACAACGGGCGGACGAUACUGGCCAAUGAGCAGGAGUCCCAGGACUCUCUUGGACCACUAUGAGGAAGACUUAACAGUUACAGAGCUGUGAUAUAACCAGCUGAUGUGGAGGACCUUUUGAGUUCUUGGCCUCUUUAUUCUCAACAGUCUGCUGUGACCUGAACUGACUGGUCCAUUUAUGAAGAUGUUGUCUUACCUGGACAUUCACUCUGUGACCCAGCCUCAUUGUUUCAUGUGACUUUAUAUGUGCACUGAUGCUGUCCGGGGUAAUUCAAUGGUUAGAGGCACUACUGCUGAUGUUGGGGACUUUGAAGGUGUCCUUGUGCCCAUGAACUGAAAAACACUGCCAGUUUGUUCCCUGAUCUGCUCACAUUCUAAACUAAAAAGUUAUUCUCAGUCCAACAUCUGGAUCAUAGGACCUAAAGAUCAAGUCAGGGCUCCAGACAUUAGAGCAAACUGCUUUUAAACCCUGGCCAACAAGAUGACAGAAGCAAGGGGUCUCCUCUGCGCUUCAACCUCUCUGAUGACAUUCCAUCAGUGUAAAACUGGCUUCCUUUUUGCGAAGGAAAAACAAGGCAUAACACAGCAAAGUGUCGGCUGGUCACACAGGUGACUGCAGGUCUUUUAGAUUAAAGAUAUUGUAUUGUAUACUUAGCCUUUACUAGCAUCAACUGUCUUUAAUUGAACUCUUCAACAAAGACAGCACUCUGAAACUGCUGGUUGCAACAUAAAAAAAAUGACAUAUUUAUUUGUAUCCAUCAAUCCCUAUUCAGUUUUGAAACAGCUGUAAACAAAAAACCAAAGACUGAGGAUGAGGAUUUUUUCCUCACAGGUAGGCAUUUUGUGAUGAAAUACAGCACAAUUUAAAUGGUUUGUUUAAGUUGCGAUAAAAUACUAACUAACAUUAUCUUUUUAUGGCACAUAAAAUAUUAUUGCACUUAACCUGUGUGGUUUAAAGUUUCAAAUCUGUUGCACCUCUGACCACAUCCAAAAAUAAUAUGGUGUUGUAGUGCAGCUCUACUUCACUGCAGCAAGGUAGAAAUUUUAAUUUGCCAGUGUGAAAAUUAAUGUUUAUGGACACCAUUAUCAUCAUCCUGCAAGAAGCAACAGUGGCAUAUGUAUGUUACUUUAUUGUAAAGUAAAGAGAUGAGAAGAUGUUGUUCCAAAGCACUGAACAUACAUUCAAACAUACACACUGUACAUGUAUCUCAAAAAGUAAACAUGUAGAAUCUGAGAGAGAAAAAAAUGUUUUCUGAUUAAAAGUUUGUGAAAUGAGUGUCCAGUGUCUUUAAAUGCAGUAAAGUGCAUGAGGGUCAAAUGAUUCUUUCUCUUCCCACACUGUGGAGACUGAACCAACAUUCACCUGUGUUUGACCUGAAAGCCCCUGAAAACUUUAUUUGUUAUUAAGUGCUUGACAUUUAAUCAGAAGCAUUAACAUUCAGUUCUUAUGAUUAAAUAAUCAACAAUGAAGGUUUUUUUCAUUAGGGCUGUGUGGGUGUGGUUUGAUCAGAUUUGACUGACUGUGGCCUGGCAAGAUGAGCAAACAACCCAUCAACUGUCACCAAAUUUGGAAUCAGAUGUUCCUAAACUCUGAUUGGUGCAUGGAAGUACAUUGGAUCAUGAUUUUUCAGUUAAGAAAGGCACACACAAAAACAGAAGUCUCUUAAGUGAAAUAAGCUGCUCUAACUUUGGCAGAUGUUGUGUGUUCAUGUAGGAUCUCAUCACUCAUAGUAAGAAACAGAUUGAGAAAAAAGCUUUUCGGGGUUUUUAAUCCUGAGAUUAAGCUUGUCAGAUGUAACAGGUUGUACUGAUAACAGAUCCACUGAAGGAAGAACGGAUCAUCUACACUUACUGACCUGUUUUCAAGCUGCACCAAGAGACAUUUGACCGCUAGAGGGCAGAAAAGCACCAAAACAAACUCACAGAAACACAGCCCUGUCACAAGACUAAUGCAAGUUGUAUUUCUGGCCACAUGAUGAGGGAAAAUCCAGCAUCUUCUCUGCUUUAAGAUCUGAUUUGGUCUCCACCAACACCUGAGAAAAAUCACACGGGUGACCUCUUCACAUUAGUCUGAGUCUAAUAUCUGCAUUUUUAUGCAUUUCUGCAUAUUAAUUCAUCUUUUUUUAAUGUUCAAGGCACAACAUUGGCAGUCCAGCUUUGAAGAUGAAGACCUAAAUGAAUGUCUUGUUACCACAUGACAACUUUUAAUAGUCCACCAUGCCCUGUAUGUCGUGUUUCUUGUAUGUGAUAGACAUGAUAAAUAAACACAGAA